ACAUUGACAAAAAUCAAAAAACUCAUCGAUCAGGCCUUAAAUAUAAAUAGAGCGGUGCAUCUGCGCAACUCCACAGUGGGUCUUUAGGCCGACAUAUAAAACGCGUCGUCGGACAACCGGGCCUACAGUGCUAUGUCCCGUUUUGGUUUGUAGUUGUUUACGUUUUCGGUUACGCGAUUAACCUAAGAAAUGCACGUGUAGAAUACGUCCCGUUUUGUUGCCGUGUCCCAUUAAAGCGGCACAUUUUCGUUUUUAACUAGUUGCGUUCAGUACCACGACUGUAAUUUGAAAAAAAAUGCCGUCGAACGACCACGAUUUGCAAUCACCCACUGAAAAUGCGUUGAUUUCGCCCGGCGACGAGCCGGAGGAUUCUAAGGUUAAGUUGAAAAAGGACAUAGGGCUCCUGGAAGGGGUCGCCAUCGUUUUAGGGAUUAUGCUCGGCUCAGGAAUUUUUAUAUCACCAAAGGGCGUGAUCAAAGAGGUAAAUUCAGUGGGUUUCUCCCUAAUAAUUUGGGUGAUGUGCGGCUUUUUAUCGAUGAUAGGGGCCCUGUGUUAUGCGGAAUUGGGCACGGCCAUACCCAAGUCGGGCGGAGACUAUGCCUACAUUCACGAAGCCUUCGGACCCCUUCCGUCGUUUCUGUACCUUUGGGCAGCAAAUUUAAUAUUUGUGCCUACCACGAAUUCAAUUAUGGGCCUAACUUUCGCUAAGUAUGUGAUACAACCGUUUUUCCCAGAGUGUGAUAUGCCUGAUAUAGGAGUACGACUUAUGGCUGCAGCAGUUAUAUGUUUCCUUUCAUUUCUGAACGGAUACAACGUCAAAGCAACGCUGAAGCUCCAAAACAUCUUCAUGUUCUGCAAGAUUGGAGCCUUGGUGCUAGUCAUUCUGAUAGGGGUGGUCUGGAUGUUCAUGGGGCACGUCGAAAACUUCUCAGGGGCCUUCGAAAACACCACCGACAACCCGGGCAAAAUCGCCAGGGCCUUUUACUCCGGCAUUUUCACGUAUUCAGGCUGGAACUACUUGAACUUCAUGACUGAAGAGCUGAAGAACCCCUUCGUUAAUCUACCCAGGGCUAUUUAUAUAUCUUUGCCUUUAGUUACUGGGAUCUAUGUCUUGGCCAACAUGGCUUAUCUGUCGGUUUUGACUGCCGACGAAAUGAUUUCUUCAGAUGCCAUAGCUGUGACCUUCGGCAACGCUCUUCUGGGCAAGUUUGCCUGGAUACUCCCCAUAAUGGUGGCGAUUUCAGCCUUCGGAGGACUCAGUGUCCACAUUAUGACGUCGUCGAGGAUGUUGUACGUGGGCGCCAGGAACGGUCACUUUCCCACGUUCCUGUCUCACCUGAGUGUUACCAAAAACACUCCAGUGCCUAGUCUGUUUUUCUUAAAUAUUUUGUCGCUGCUCAUGUUGUGCACCAGCGACAUCCACUUGUUGAUUGAGUACUGCACGAUUGUUGAGUCGUUCUUCGUGAUGUUGUCGGUGGCUGGCCUGUUGUACCUCAGGUACACGCAGCCCAAGCUGCCCAGGCCCAUUAAAGUCAAUUUAUUGGUACCCAUAGCGUUCGUUUCGAUCUGCCUGUUCCUUAUAAUUUUGCCCAUUGUGGACACCCCCAUUGCCUUGUGCUGUGGUGCCUUGAUCACCCUGUCUGGGGUGCCGUUUUAUUACUUCGGCAUCGUCCGGAAGGACCAGCCUCAAGGCUUCCGUAACAUGAUGAAGAGUCUAACGCAGUUCUCCCAGAAAGUCUUUGCUUCUGCCCACGAAGAAGAAUAACGAGGUAUUUUUAUCCAAGGACCACGCUUGUACCUUUAGUAAUUUAUUUAUUUCUUUGUAUGUAUGCAUUGUUUUUGUUUUAUAAAACAGUGUCAAGGCAACUUUAUUAGUUGUCUGUUUGAAGUUACCUUGUUGAAGCUGUACAAUUUUGUAUAGGAUGUAUGAAAACAGUGAGAUUUGUUUUGAUUAUCUGUAAUGCAUAUCUCUUUUGAAGUUUAAAUUUAGUGGGUACUUUAAUAAUAUCCAUUCCUGCAUGUUUCAAUUCCUAAGGAGGCAUUUAUUCAUAUCCCAAAGACUGACGAUGCCUUUUUGUAGUGUAAACGUUUUACUGCCACUAGGAACUUAAAAAGUAACUGACAAUACUUUUUUACAUAAUAUGAGAUUUGUAUUGUGCAAGUGUUUACUACAAAUCUCUCUGAUUUUGUAUAUUACGCAUGACAAUUGUUAAGUAUUAAUAUUUUGGUUGCAAACUUAAAUUUUGUAUUCAUAAAAUUGAAUUAAUGAAAUGGAUGUGAGGAAAAAGUUUUUUACUAAGUUUUUGGAAGUAUUCAAUUUUUCUAGUAUUAACUUUUGUGAACAUUGAACUAUUCUAGUAAUAUUUUAGUCAAAAAUUAUAUUUUAUAUCUCAUUUAAGCUGUGAUUUUUAGAAAUUUAUUGUUUGAAUUUACAUAUGUUCGUAUUAUUAUUUGCAACCUUUGUUGAAUUUUGUUUACCUAUAAAUAAACAUUGAAGUACA